CAGUUAUUUUUUUGGUGACAGUUAUCUGAGUUGGCGGAUAGGAAUUACAUUACAGUUAUUUGAUUUGGUGCGCUAUAAAUUUGCAGCCUUAUGGCAGUUCCAUCAUUCUCUGUUACUCGUUUGUUUGCAUUAACUGGUUUCGGUCUCUGGCACAGUUUGAACAAUGUACGCCAGAGAAGAACUGCCUGGAGAAGGGGUUGAAGUGAUUGCGGCUGAUGCUCCCUCGGAGUACCAGAUGGCUCCUAGGGCGGUGGAGCACAAGGACAAGGCGGCUGCUGGUUCAGGAGAGGGGACGGGUGAGCCAAAGAAGAGAGGGAGAGGGAGGCCUCCACAGAAGAAUGUGGGGGAAAGGCAGUCCUCCUCAGCCAAGGGGAGAAAGGAGAAGGGCCAAGGAAGCGGCGGUGGGGGUGGAGGAGGUGGCAGUGGCAGUGGGGGCGGAGGAGGAGGAGGAGGAGGAGGAGGCGGUGGGGGCGGGGGCGGCGGCCAGGGCAAUCCCGGUGCAGCUUAUAAUGGAAGAAGCUUCACGCCCCACCUCAUCUCUGUCAAUGUUGGGGAGAAUGUCUGCGGGAGCGUUAUGAGAUAUUUCCAUGAAAGACCACGAGUAAUCUGCGUGAUAUCUGCAAGUGGAGUAAUCUCUAGUGUUAAUCUGCGCCAACAGGAUGACGAGGCCAUCACAUAUGAGGGACGUUUCGAAAUCCUGAGCUUGUCUGGAUGCCUUAUGCCCCAUAACGGGGCCUGGCGUGGUGCAAUGAGUGUCUCUCUGGCAGGCGCCAACGGUCUAAUUUUAGGGGGAGGCAUUAAUGGAAUUCUGAGAGCUGCCACUCCUGUGCAAGUUGUGGUAGGUAGUUUCCUAGCUGGUGAACCGAAAGGAAAGGGUAAGAAGAAGGCGGAUGCUGAACCACCUGAUACUGAGCCUCCACCUCCGCCUCCGCCACCGCCAUCGCCUCCGCCGCCAGCACCAGAACCGCCACCUGCACCAGCAGCACCACCACCACCACCACAAGAGCCCAUGGGAUUCUGGGGGAUUUACGAUAAUAGCUGGCCGAGAAUGGAAUGGUAGAUAUUAUAUGUAGCUUCACAACUUCUGACGUAGGUUGAUCGUGUGUAUUGUAUAAAAUAGAUCAUCUAUUGUAGAUUGAAAGUAGGAUCACCGUUUCUGAAAGUAGGUUUAUAGAUGUUGCGUAAUAGAAUAACUGACUUUGUAAGCAAGUAGAGGUAUGGAUGUAAUAUAUGUGAACCAAUAUAUAAUAUUGCCUACUUUAGUUUA